AUGUCGAACUGUAACCGGCGCGGUGUAAAAACUGACCAGCAGUAGCGGGGGAGGAAGAACGGGAGCGAAGCAGUAACUGAGAGGAGUUGGGCAUCAAAUUGCACCGGAUGUCAUUACACGCUCUUAAAUAUCGAGGACUAUAAUCGAGACCAGAGCCAUGGAGGUUGUAACACAUUUUGUGAAUGACACUGUAGAAUUUUACAAAUGGGGCCUUACUAUAGCAGACAAGAGGGUGGAGAAGUGGCCGAUGAUGUCAUCUCCCCUCCCCACUCUGGCCAUCAGCUGCCUGUACCUGCUCUUCCUGUGGGCGGGGCCUAGAUACAUGCAGGACCGCCAGCCCUACACACUCAGGAAGACCCUCAUAGUCUACAACUUCAGCAUGGUGGUCCUCAAUUUCUAUAUCGCCAAAGAGCUCCUACUAGGCUCUAGAGCAGCCGGGUACAGCUACCUCUGUCAGCCUGUCAACUACUCCAAUGAUGUCAAUGAAGUCAGGAUAGCAUCUGCUCUCUGGUGGUACUAUAUCUCCAAAGGAGUGGAGUUUCUGGACACAGUCUUUUUCAUCCUGAGGAAGAAGUUCAACCAGGUCAGCUUCCUCCACGUCUACCAUCACUGCACCAUGUUCAUCCUCUGGUGGAUUGGCAUCAAAUGGGUCCCCGGUGGACAAUCAUUUUUUGGUGCAACCAUCAACUCUUCCAUCCACGUCGUCAUGUAUGGUUACUAUGGUUUGGCAGCUUUGGGACCUCAGAUGCAGAAGUACCUCUGGUGGAAGAAAUACCUCACCAUUAUUCAGAUGAUCCAGUUCCACGUGACCAUCGGCCAUGCUGGCCACUCCCUCUACACAGGCUGUCAAUUCCCCGCCUGGAUGCAGUGGGCUCUGAUUGGCUACGCUGUCACCUUCAUCAUCCUCUUUGCCAACUUCUACUACCACGCUUACCGAGGCAAACCUUCCUCCACGCAUAAGGGAGGCAAGCCCGUUGCAAACGGCACCUCUAUGGUAACUAACGGUCACAGCAAAGUGGAGGAAGUGGAGGAUAAUGGGAAGAGGCAGAGGAAAGGCAGAGCGAAAAGAGAAUAAAGAAAGAAGAGGGCUUGCGUUGGCGAUGAACAGAAAGAGGACAGUUGAUUUUAAGGGCCAGAGAAGGAGGGAGGAGAGGGAAGUUCAAACCAGACCGGCUUCAUCCUCCCUGCAAAUAAUGUAGAAGGAUGUGAUUUGCAACCAACUUGGAAAGAUGAAAGGGUAGCAGUGUGUGUUUGUGGGUGUGUCUGUAAAGGUUUCAGGAUUUGAGAGGGAGAGAGGGGUGUUGGUUGUGUCUAUAACAGUUUUUUUUUAAUCAAAGAAUACAAAAUGCUGAUCAUGUAGGCUCCCUGCUCUUCUGUCCAACUGUGUUUUGGACCACAAUAGGACCAAAAUAUCCAAGGACCUACAAACUGCUCAGCAGCAUCCACUAAUCAACCAAAAUUCACCUCCAACUUUUGUACUCUGGAUUCCAGUUAUGUUUUAACUGAAAGCUUAAAUAGUCUUUAAUGUGCUAAGUUAUUUUCUAGUGCUCUAAAAGAGUUUUAAUUAAUUUAACUAUUACCAACGAAAGAACAUGCAGAAGUUUAUACCAAAGGUUUUUUUUCUUGGUUUUUGGGAGGGGGGGGGGGGGGGGGGAUUUUUGUUUACGAAUACUUAGAGUUGAGCAAAGUUAGCAAACGAAAAAAUCACAAUACGACGUUCUCAAAACUGCCAUCUAUUGUAUUCAACUAAACCAUAUACCAGUCUGACUUGUCUUGGACUUCACAUUUCUCUGCUGUCUCAAACUGAUGUGCUGCAUUUACAGAAGGAUGUGCUAUUUUCUUUGUCUUCAUUGUGAGUUAAAAACAUGGUUUAAAACAAUUUGGGGGGGGCUGUAGUUUCUUAUAGUAUUUAUGCAAGUUUGUGGGUAUCUUUGUUAUAAUAUUUUUUGUGGGUCCUCAUGAUUUAUUUCUUUUUGCUGUGCAAUGUAGCUGAAGUGCAAGAAUAUGAGAUCAGACGUUCAGCUCAGUAUUGUCUCUUUGCCAUGUAGGACUGAAGGGAAACUCAUCCUGAAAAGAGCUUUUUUUUAAAGAAAACUAAUGGUUAUUUCAUUGUCUUAUCAAAGAUGAAAGUGACACGGCUUCUGGAUGCACAUAUAACUGAAAUAAAGACAAUGUCAGCACCCCA